AUGGCCAAUGAAGUAGCAGUUCCUCCACCCGUUUUGUGGGCACAACGCAAGGAAGACGUUUUUCUCACAUUUAGUGUUGAAUCCAAAGAUCCAAAUAUCAAAAUAGAAAAGGAAUCCGUAUACUUUAAAGGAGUAAGUGCGCAAGACAAUAAAAAUUACGAAGUAACUAUACCUUUGUACGAUGCCGUUGUUCCAGAGGUUAGUGCUUUUGUGAAUAAAGGCCGGUGCAUAGAAAUGAUAUUACGCAAAGAGAAAAAGGAUGCAACUUACUGGCCUUCUUUGACAAAGGAUAAGAAAAAGCCUCAUUAUCUUAAGAUAGAUUUUAAUAAAUGGAAAGAUGAAGAUGAUGAGAAUGAAGAAGGUGUUGGUGGUAGUGGUGGAGGUGGCGGCGGCGGCCAAGAUUUUGAUUUCGAAUCAAUGAUUCGUUCCAUGGGUGGUGGCGGCGGUGAUAAGCUUGAAAAACCCUCCUUUGAUGAUUUAGAAAGUGAUUCAGAUGAUGAAAAUCUGCCAGAUUUGGAGUAA